GGUGACGUAACCGCUGUAAUAUCAAACUUCCUGGAGACGGUUGCUACAACAUUUCGUUUCCUCUUUUCUUUAUGGUUGUCGUUGUUAUUGUUUGUGAUAGUUUGUGACAAAUGGCGUUUGUUUCACACAGCCAGAGAGACGGAAUAUACACCUUCUCAAGUCGCCCCAGACCUGUUGAGAACCGCUCCACAUACAGAGAGCCUCCUUCUGAACAGACACCCAGUAAUUAUGGAAACAUUAUGUACGACCGUCGAGUUGUCAGAGGAAACACUUAUGCUCAGCACAUCAUUCCACUUACAGUUCAGCCAGAUCCAGCUGAAAUACAAAGACAACAGGAGAUCAGGAGGCGAGCCGUUACUCGAAAACAUGCCAGAGAGCAGUUCCGACUCAAGACUCCUGAGGCCCUGCAGGGCAGAAAACAUAUCGAUGUACAAACAGAGCUUUACCUGGAAGAAUUGAGUGAUGUUAUAGUGGCUACAGAUAUUGAAUGCCAGACUGAUGCUUUCCUGGACAAACCAGCAACUCCGCUCUUUAUACCUGCCAAAUCUGGCAAAGAUGUUGAAACACAGAUAGAGGAGGGAGAGUUGUUUGACUUUGACAGAGAGGUGCAGCCAGUGUUGGAGGUCCUGGUGGGUAAGACAAUAGAACAAUCUCUACUGGAGGUGAUGGAGGAGGAAGAGCUGGCCUGUCUGAGGGCCCAGCAGAGGGCCUUUGAAGAGCUUCGAAAUAAUGAGCUGGCAGAGGUGCAGCGGCUACAAGAGCAGGAGAGACGCCAUAGGGAGGAGAAAGUGCGCAGAAUCGCCGAGCAGAAAGAGGUACUGAAGAAACAACGAGAGACUGCAGAGAAGAUUGCUGCUCGGGCCUACACACAGCAGUACCUGGCUGACCUUCUACCUGUUGUCUUUACCUCGCUGAGAAGCCAUGGCUACUUUUAUGACCCUGUGGAGAGAGAUAUUGAGACUAAUUUCUUCCCGUGGCUGAUGGCUGAAGUUAACAACAGUUUGGACAAGAGAUACGUAGCAAGAGAGCUGCUUGACAAUGUCAUCCAUGAUGUCGCCAGGAAGCGACUGGAGAGGUUCAAGGAGUUGGAGACACAGUCAGACAGGUCUGACACAUAGACAUUCAGUGAUGAUGAUUCACUGAGAUAAGUCAAUAGCAUGAAUAUAAUCUGAAAAAUAAAUUUUCACUGGCAAAACUA